AUGCCUGUUAUUAUCGUACAAACAGUUUUUUAUCCUGUGAUACUUUUAGUGAUUUUAAAUGAUAGGGCCCAGGCAGGGCUUGAUAAUCCCCAGACGGCACACAUUCUUCUUCAGAAAUACCAACCUUGUGGGUGUGCAGGAGGCAGGAGGAGCGGGACAGUUCCGGACGGAUUAUCACCAACAUAUAAACAAGACUGUGGAAGUGAGAUAGCCUACCUUCCCAUUCACAGGAAUGGUGUGGGGAACGGCCAGUGGAUUUGUGUUCCAAAACCUAGGCCGAGUUCCCUGGGGCCCAAUGAGGAAUGCCCUCGAGAAUGCAACCAAAUUGUUUAUAGCUCUGUACAUUCUGCAUGUUACUCUAGUUGGAGCACUUGUAAUCUAGGGCCCAGACAGCUGCUUUAUGCGGUCAUUACUGGAGAAUGGAAAGGGUCCUUUGGAAGCGAGUUAUCACCUACUCGGUACCACUCAAAACCGUGCCCAACGAAGGGAACGACUGUUUGUUGGUCCCAGACAGCCCCCUUGGGAAUGACGGACGGUGGAGGCCCACAAGAUUUGAUUAGACAGCAGCAAACAAAAAGGACUCUUGAAAAAAUAUAUGAUAGCGUAUAUCCCUCACUUUAUUAUCACCCUUUAGCCAGAAUCCAUUCUAAAGGACUUGAGGGACUAGAUGCCAACACCGCUGACGUUCUCAAUGGUGCUCAUCAAUUAUUAAACACCACAAACCCAAACGUUGCGGAGGGCUGUUGGCUCUGCUUGCGUCAGGGACCGUUCACCCCAGUUGCGAUAGGUAUGCAGCAAGAUAAGAUCCUCCAAGUUUCUGAUACUCAGGCCUGCUUUCCAAUGUCCCCCUUCAUUGUUUCGGUUGCCCCCAAUAUUGGUAAUGAGACUUGCCUCUACAAGCCUCCAGAUAACGAAACUGGGAACAUUGAUGUCGGUCGAGCCACCUUUUGUGUAAAUUUUAUAAACGUCUCCACCCCCCUAUGUGCCCCCAAUUCCACUGUAUUUGUAUGUGGGGAGAACUUGGCCUAUACCUUGCUCCCUGCAAAUUGGACUGGGGCAUGCGCGAUGGCAUAUCUUCUCCCGGAUAUAGAAGUUAUUCGUGGAGACUCUCCAGUCCCUGUUCCUUCCUUUGAUUAUAUAGCCGGCAGGCAGAAGCGUGCUGUGCAGCUAGUUCCCUUGUUUGUUACAAUAGGAAUUUCUUCAGCUUUGGCCACAGGGUCGGCAGGGUUAGGAGUGGCAGUCCAUAAAUAUCGGGAAUUGUCCCAACAGCUAAUUAAUGACGUACAAACUUUAUCCACAACAAUCCAAGAUAUUCAAGACCAAAUAGACUCCCUGGCAGAAGUAGUUUUACAGAACCGCCGAGGCCUAGACCUACUUACUGCUGAGCAGGGAGGCAUUUGCUUAGCUUUACAAGAAAGAUGUUGCUUUUAUGCCAAUAAGUCCGGCAUAGUGCGGGAUAAAAUAAAAAUGCUCCAAGAGGACCUGGAACACCGCAGACGCCAGCUGGCUGAAAACCCCUUAUGGACGGCAUGGAAUGGUCUUUUACCGUACCUGUUACCCCUUCUAGGCCCCCUCACCGGACUAUUAAUAGUGAUAUCGGUCGGCCCCUGUAUUUUUAAUCGGCUACAGCAGUUUGUUCGGGACCGACUUUCAGUCACCCAAGCUUUAGUAUUAACUCAACAUUAUCAAGCUUUAAAGCAACAGGAAGAGCUAUACCCAAUGCCUUAG